AUGAUAUACGAUUUUUCAUCAGAUGUACCAGACCUCUCAUCAAAAAUGAAGAUACCCCAGAACAUUAGAGACUACGAAACGAUUCAGCAUCGAAUGAAAUUGAAUCAAGAAAAACUUGGCUUCGUCGCAGCAUACAUUGAUAGAUAUUUUGAGACCCAUGUAACUACAGCGAUUCUCAUUUCCUUAGCCAAAAUUCUCAUCAACAAGUUCGAUCUCAAAUUGGAUCGUUUGGCAAAACGCAACAGAUCAGCUCUCCUUUGCUGGUAUGCAGAAAAUUGGGAUCUUAUUCUACCAUAUCUCAGGCAAGGUAAACCAAGUUUCAUCAAAUCCACACUCGUUUCUCCAAAUUAUUCAAUAUCAGAUCAAAAAUUUGGAGAAAAUCACAAUUUAAACGAUGAUUUUGAUCCAUCAGACAUCAACCAUUUACUUAAUAACCACUGA